AUGUGGGCUGUGGCUGCAUGCGUCCGCACACCACCACGAGUUGCCUUCUCUUCAUUACUACGAAGGGUGGCUUUUGCAGGAAGCGAUCUACACUUUUCUCCGCCGCCUCUUUGCGUUCACGCUGUUGCUGUGAGUGGUCGGCGAGGCCUUGGUAACAGAUCGAAGGAUGGCGAGGAGGGCAGUGGUGGCGCGGAACAGCACACAGUGGAACGCGUAGAGGGAGAGUCGGUGCCAGUGAAAGGCUCAUGGGGCAGCCGCAAGUGGCGCAACGAAGAGCAGCAGCAAAGCGCUGCGACAGAAGCCAUAACGCAGCUUUUUCAGGACAGUGUGCAGCGCAGGAGCUUUCAGCAGGAGCCUGGAAGAACACUUUCUGCACAGACCACCACUACAGUCAUCACAACCGCGCCAGAAGAGGACGAAAUGAAGAGUUUGCAGAACCUCUUUGGAGGUGAAGGGGCAUCCUCUUCUCUUGUUGCAGUGGAAACCGUAGAGCAGGAGCUUUUGGAUGAUGCCUUUUUGUAUUUCCCUCCAGCACGUUGCACGGAAGGGCACGCAGGAACAAUGGCAGCCGGAGAAGCGUACGUUCCAGGUCAGCAGAUUAUUUCGCCGGGAAAUACGCGUUAUCGUGUAGACGUACAGUAUCAAGGCAGCGACUUUGAUGGAUGGUGGAAAAGCACCUCACGCCAAUUGUAUCGAAGGGAGACGACAUCGGACGGAAUUGUGCGGCGUGUCCCUCUUGCACCGGAUUCCAACGAUCUGGCAAAGGCUUCCGAUGAGAAAUCAAUGAGCAGUCGAUAUCAUGCUCGAACUGUGCUGGAGGAGGCACUGGCAGUAGCCCUGGAUGUGCACAGUGUUAAGGUAGUUGCAGGUGUUAUUCCCGAAGUUGGGGUAUCUGUUCGGCGACUCUGCUGCCACCUAGAUGUGCCUAGUCAUAUUGAAUUGCAACCACGCACAAUUAUUCAGCGGGCCACGAUGUGGUUAGAGAAGCGGCAGCAACCCCUUGCUAUUCUUAGCUGUCAACGGUGUAAAAAUCAAGACUUUCACGCACGCCAUAGUGGUGUGAGACGCGUGUACUUGUACCGCAUUCUUAAUCGUGUUGCACCACCACUUUUUGAUGCCGGUUUACAAUGGCACGUGGACCGUCACUUGGAUGUUCCCCGCAUGCAACGUUUCGCCAAGGCGUUGGAAGGAACGAAAGAUUUUGGCUACUUUGCAGAUCCCAAGAUGGCAAAUGCACUUCGCCGAGCUGCAGUAAGUCCAUCUGGUCUAUCUACAGGAGCCGCUUUAGAUGAGCAUUACCAACCCACUGCCACCGGGGAAUCGACGCGAGUCACACGUGGAAAGGCGCCAAAAGUGGUUAUAGAAAAGGGUUCCAGCAACUUGGCACGUGCGGCUGCACUUCCAACAUUCAAUGAGUAUGGCCAGCGUGUUGUUCAGCCGGGUGCUCAUGCCAAGGAGUACUACCGUGCCUCCACCAAUUUGCCGACAAUCCGAACCAUUGACCGCCUGGAGGUGGUACGGCAAGACGACGAGGUACUGAUUUGGUUUGUUGGCAAGUCUUUUUUACGACACCAAAUCCGCAACAUGGUGAGUCUGUUGAAGGCUGCGGGUCACGGUCUUUGGGAUGAGCUUGAGUUACAACAGGCACUGCAGAGCGGCUUUGAACCGUCGCGGCAUCGGUUCAAGCGAGAGCGAUUUCCCCCCGCCCCGGUUUAUGGGUUGACACUCUGGGAUGUUGAGUACCCGGUGCAGCACCGUGACGAUUACGUGUUGUACGUGGACUCUGGUCCGUACGAGGAGGUAGACACCGCGCGCAACGUAUAA